AUGACGAACGAAAUCUUAACUAUACAAACAGUUACAUUUCAAAUACUUCCAUAUCAUGUUUACAUUAAUUUCUCAUAUUUCGCACUAAAAUUUAAUAUUCAAUUUAGAAAACAAUCCCAAGAAGAAUUAAAUUUAGAUCAAUUAAUUGAAGUUCUUAGUUAUGAUAAAAAAGAUCUACCAAUUGAAUUAACUGAAAAAACGAUUGCCAAUAAUCAACGUCAAGUUGGUAGUAGUAGAGCUAAAAUUUUAAUGCGUGGAGUUACUGAACAACAAUUAUUAGAUCUUGCUCAUUCAGCACGAGCAUUAUUUAUGAGUGAACCAGUUCUUGUGCAUAUUACUUCACCAUUGAUUAUUGUUGGUGAUUUACAUGGACAGCAUACUGAUCUAUUACAAUAUUUUAAACGAUGUGGUAAACCACCAGAUCAAAAAUAUUUAUUUCUUGGCGAUUAUGUUGACCGUGGUAGACAAUCGUUGGAAACAAUUUCGCUUAUUUUGGCUUAUAAAUUAAAAUAUCCUGAUAAAUUAGCUGUUUUACGAGGAAAUCAUGAAUGUAGUCGUAUAAAUCGUAUCUACGGUUUCUAUGACGAAUGCAAACGUCGUUAUUCAACAAAAUUAUGGAAAGUAUUCACUGAUUGUUUUAAUUGUCUUCCUUUAGCCGCGCUAGUUGACAAUAGUAUGUUUUGUGCACAUGGAGGAUUAUCACCAGAUUUAAAGAAAUUAGAACAGUUGAAUGAAAUACGACGUCCAACUGAAGUACCAGAUAUGGGUAUUAUUUGUGAUUUAUUAUGGUCAGAUCCUGAUGGAUCAUAUGCUGGUUGGAAAGAAAAUGAACGUGGUGUUUCCUAUACAUUCGGUGAAGAUGCUUUAAUUCGUUUCAUGAAUGAUUGUAAUGUUAAAUUAGUAGUUAGAGCACAUCAAGUUGUUGAAGAUGGUUAUGAAUUUUUUGCUGAUAAAAAGGUUGUAACCGUAUUCAGUGCAGCAAAUUAUUGUGGUGAAUUUGAUAAUGCUGGUGCAGUUAUGCAAAUUAAUGAAGAUUCAGUCUGUUCAUUUGUGAUUUUAAAACCAUAUAUAACUAAAAAGAAAUCCACCUUGGAAGAAUCGGAAUCUGCCGGAGACCUUGAAAAGAAAGAAGACUCCAAGGUAAAAGAACAAGAUGAGAUGACAGAAUCAGUAACCAACAUACAGAAAUCAAAGUAA